AUUAAGAGCCAUUCACCGCACGAGUAACCCCUCUCCUCGUGUUCCUAUUUUUCGCUACUCUCACGUACCAAUCCCAAGUUGGGGGCCAGUAAGGGCGUGAACUUCAUCAAACACUCUUAAUUUCUUGGACACUAUAUCUUCUGUCACAACGGAUACGAAUACCGUCAUUAAAGUUGCACAACACGUCCAACCUCGUUUUCAUCCACCCAUAUGUUCAGCAGAGGUCGGGCAGGAAGUGCAGGGGCUAGCGCACCUGGUACUGAUCGUUUAGCCGUGCCAGAAAGUAAUGGGAUAUCUGGAGGACAGCGACCAGUUGGGCCGCGGGACAUUCGACAGAAACAGCAACAGCAACAGCUCAGUAAACGAGUGUCGCGCACAGAUCUGGAUUUCGAGCAGGCUUUAAGGCAGGAAGGAACAGUGUUACUUAGAGAGGGAAUAGAUGUGAAUGAGCUUGGAACUGGCUUGCUCGAUACACCACCACCUCAAAAAAUGACAUAUACUGGGCCUACAACGCCAGUUGUCGUGCCACCAACACCUGGCUCGUCAUUACCUUCAUCCUCAACCAAAUCACGACCACAAAACGAUGAAGACGGUGAAAAUACGGAGCGACGUCACCAACAACAUAUCAAUCGGCGCUCAAUGUAUCGUUCGCCUGGGUCAUCGAGUAGCCCUGAUUUGGCGACACUGUUACGGAAACAGAAAGAACGAGACCGUGCCGCGGGGAGAGAAAGGAGUCCUGUGGAGAGUCCGGCUCGAGAGAGCAGAGACAAAAGCUUCGGUGGACUUAGCAGAGUUUUGAGCCCUUCACCUCCCCCUUCACCCAGCACCGAUCGGAUAAUACAUCCCCUUAGUCCGAGCCCGUUACCGGGAGCUCGCUUUCAACCCAAUAGGACGGCCACCACUGUAGACAGCAGUAAUGGUGGGUGGGUGUUGGCAGGUUCAUCGUUAUCACCGGCAAAAUCGAAAUCCUCAGUGAGGGCCAAAGCCAGCACGUUUAUAGGAAAGAUGCUUGGGGGGAAUACUGUCAGAGAACGAGCGAAAACCGAUGCCAGUCAACAAACCCCUGUUCUCCUUGACGCCUUCACCCAACAACCCCCUCCGCCAGUACCACCGAUGCCGCCUGCUAUCCAGACGUCAACGUCAUCAUCUCCUAUAGCAGACGUAUUCACUGGAGGCUCACUCUUUACAUCGAGCUAUUCUUCCUCUACCUCCAAGCCCCUUCCUCCUAUCAACCCGGAUCGAAACCUUGAAUUAGACGACAUCGAAGAACCUUCCAUGGUCAUUGUUGAAAAACCAGCAUCCACACCCUCUGCCGCAUCAAGAGGAAACUUCCCUAAACGCAGAAGCAUGAGUGCUACGGAUACGGACUUGAAGUCAGUUGUCGGUCUUCCUGCCAACCUGACAGAUACAGGGUUAGAGACUGUCAAAGGGAGGAACAAGUUGACCAAUCUUAGCAGAGAUGGAUCCGAAGACAGUGUGUUGAGAGACUUCAAAGGCCAACUCUCAUCGCAUCUAGAUGUGACGUCCAUUUCAAGGCCUUUGGAUUUGAGAUACCCCACUUCCUCAGCAUCGUUACCUUCCACGACACCUACAGAAUCUAGACGGAAUUCGCAAAGGUCUAAAACGGAUAGUGUCCUAUUGGAAGGAUCAGAAAAACCGCAACCUCAGUCGCCAGCAUCGGCAUCAGCAUCUUCGCUUUUCGGGUCGUCAUCGUCACGGGGAUUGGGACCUCCCAGCCUUCGUUUACGAACAGACGAAAUUAGUGUCUACCAAUCACUAGAGCCUGCACCCAUAGUACCGCCUCGGUCAUCCUCGUUGCAGACAACACCAAUACGUUCCACAUCGGGACCCGCAUCUUCGACUGGAGCUAUGUCGCCUCCAAACUCUCCGUUCAAGCAGAAUCUGAGCCCUUCCCGAGCCAGAAACGGACACAGUUCUUUUCACCUGCCACCACCUAGCUCAACUAGAGGCUUAAAGUCUCGGCAUCGACCAACGGCCUCAAGUUCUGAACCAUCGCUGAUACCAGCUAACGACGAACCCUCUCGGAAUAUUACCCGUGGGCCAGCUAGCUCACAGUAUGAUAUACCAGGCGGUCUGAAGACUGAAGUUCGAUUUCCUUCAAGGCCAACGUCAUUGGCUCGAGGAGGAAGCGAAGUCGUUUCCACUGAAGACUUCAGCACUGACAUGGAGGCUCGUGGUCAGGAGUUAGCCACCAAGUGUUGGAACGAGGAUGAAGAGUUUUUGGCCAAGGACAAAAUUGCUGAGUGGUUGGGUGGAACCGUUCGGAUCAAUAAACUUACUUUGCAACAUUACAUGGACUUUUUCGAUUUCAAAGGCUUAAGUCUAGAUAAUGCCUUCAGACGACUCUGUGCGAAACUUUAUCUCAAAGGCGAAACGCAACAAGUAGAUCGACUGCUAGAAGAAUUCAGUCGACGCUAUUGGGAUUGUAAUCCUGGUGGGGUCUAUGGCAGUACUAACAUCGUACACGCUGUUACCUAUUCACUUCUCCUCCUCAACACUGAUCUCCACGUUGCCGACCUUGCUAAUCGCAUGUCACGUAAUCAGUUUGUUCGAAACACCCUUACCGCUAUCCAGAUGCAGCUUCAGCCUUCUUCGUACAUUCGAACAUCAUCAUACGAUCUUGUUGACGACUCCAGUAGCUUCAAAGGCUCACAUAGCGGCGAUGGAGAUCAAAACCAGCAUUCUAAUGUUCGCUCUAAGCGGAGUGACAGCAUAACAAGCUGGAAUAGCAUAUCCCGAGAAACAGUGAUGUCGUCGCCUGCCAUAUCACUUACUACUACACAGGUCACAACUCCCGGUGGACCUUAUGGAAGCGACAGCUCAUCCAUGCUGGGAGCUUCUCAAGACUCAAAGUCACCGAAUCUCGGUUAUGGGAGGGCUUGGGAGGCAACUAUGGAGAACUUGCUCAAGGAUAUGUACAAUGCGGUGAAGAACCAGCAGAUUCUCCUCCCAAUGAAUGCCGCAGGUCGGGCCUCAACCUCUUCGAUAAAUAAUGUCAUUCGUAAUCGCAGCUUACGAGGCCAACAACCUGACAGACUCAUGACCUUGAAACGAGGCAGUAUACGUGGUAUACAAUCGAUUAUGGGUGGUCAGCCCGGUGUAAGUCCGUACAGCAGUAACAGCAGCAUUGACGGUCGUGUCAGUCCUUCACCAAGCUUUGCUGCCUCUACUCAUGCACAUGAGCUGUUCGGCUCCAGCUCGUCUUUUUUGUCGCCCACUUUGGGUUUUGCCUCGAAUCUCACUCAUACAAUCAUCAAGGAGACACAAGAGGAUGACGAUCGGAGUGAUCAUUCGAAUGGAUCGACGUCCAGUGACAUCAGCAUCACUGACGAGGAGCUCGCGCUUCUUGGUGCGCCGUGGGCAAAGGAGGGGAUGUUGUGCAGGAAACAGUAUUGGGAAUCUACAGGAAAGAGGGCGAAGGACAAGGGUUGGCUCGACGUGUUUGUUGUAAUACAGAAGGGUGAGUUAAAUAUGUUCACUUUCGGCGAGAAUGGCGCUGGUGGAUCUAGCGUUGUUGGAGGCGGUAACUGGCUGUCGAAUGCCAAUGCAGUUGGAACAAUCCACUUAGCUCACUCCUUGGCACACGCUCUUCCUUCCCCCGGUUACAAUCGUCAACGACCAUAUUGCAUGGUCCUGACCCUCUCCAAUGGUGGCGUUUACUUCUUUCAAGCGGGAACUGAGGAGCUUGUAAAUGAGUGGGUUUCGACUUGCAACUAUUGGGCGGCACGGACCAGCAAAGAACCUCUCGCUGGAGGUGUCUCGAACAUGGAAUAUGGAUGGAAUCGGGUCAGUGAAGUGACCUUCCAUGGCCGUUCACAGUCAGGCACGGAGUCCAUGCGUGACAAUGAUGCCGCUAGUGUAAAGAGUGGUAAAAGCAGCCGGAGCAAGUUCAGCGGCUGGAGAGAGGGUGCGGCAACAGUUCGCACAGCGCAAUCUCCCUGGAUUGAUAGGAUCGUCAUUAACGACUGGAAGCCCCCUAUGCCGCCUUCUGUUUCUAGUUUCCAUGAUGAAGAGACACAGUUGGAUGCAUUAAGGAAACACGUUAAAUCGAUGAAGAGAGAUUUACAAAGACAUAACGAGCUACGAGAGCCGAUGUCUGCCUUGUAUCAACCACGCAGCAACAGUGCUGUCAAAGCCCAGAGUAAUUGGGAGAAGAAAUCACAAUACCUUCUGACAGAGAUUGUGAAAUACGAUUCGUACAUAGACUCUUUGCAAGCUGCGAUGUCUCUCAGAUUAAAGAGACGGGGAGAAAAGGCUUUAGAAAUGGCCCUCAACGGCGAUUCUAAAGAUGCUAAGAGAAAAAGGAAAAGUCCUGACGAAGAUACCAUUCACGAAAAGUCUGUUCCACCCGAUCCACCUCCGACCAUCUCGCUCAUGCACAAACGAGAAACUGCCCAGGGAGGAGGCAAUGAUUGA